GGUCUGUAGUGAACCCAUAGUGCGAUGGGCCUGGUGGUGAACGGAUGCUGGCAGUGAAUGAGCAUCGGCCCUCGCGGCAGGGCGAUAUCUGGUGGAAACGCUCCUGCGGCGGCCUCCGCGGUUCACUGCGUUCUUGCCGAGUUGCUGAAGGUCUGGCUUCGCCAUCUUCGCCCGAAGGUCUCUGUUGGCGGUGCCACCCGUUUCCCAAGAGCUGCUGGCGAAGGCAACAAAACUUAGGUCUAGGCCAGGCCAAGGCAUCUCAAGUUCGAGUUACUGGGAGAAAGAUGAGAUGGUAGAAAAUCAGAACGGUGACAUUUUAACAGUAUUACUCUGUAAUUCUCUGACCUUGGAAAUCGCAAGAAUCAGGCGUUAUCCUGAGGGAUGAAGGAGAGCGUCCCCAGGCCACAGGCAGUUUAAGGAAGAGGACUAGUUGUGGACAGACUGUAUUGAUUGCCUUCAAAGAUGAACCCAGGGAACCCCUUCAUUGGGAAGCAGCCCAGUGCUUUUGCAGUAUCUUGUAGUACCACAGGAACAUUCCAGACGAAGUCACCAUUUCGAUUUGGCCAGCCUUCCCUUUUUGGACAAAACACCACGCUGAGCAAGAACCUUGGCUUUUCACAGGUAUCAUCGAGCUUUGCAACACCCUCUGGAAUAAGUCAUUCUUCCUCGUUGCCAACGUUUGGACUUCCCCAAACCUCUAGUGCUGGACUGUUUACUAGUCUUGAAUCCACAGCUUCUUUUCCAGCUACCUCUGGGCCUUCAAGUUCAUCUGCGUCGGGAAAUACAGGAUUUAGUUUUAAAUCACCCUCUAGCGUUGGGGUUUUCCCAAGCGGUUCUACUUUUGGGCCAGAGACUCGAGAAGUAGCAAGCUCUAGUCUUAGGAAAACAGAUUUCAAGUUUAAACCUCUGGAAAAUGCGGUAUUCAGACCAAUCCUGGGGGCGGAGUCAGAGCCAGAGAAAACCCAGAGUCAAACUGCCUCGGGCUUUUUCAAGUUUUCCCAGCCUGUUAGUAGUGCCUCUGGAGGCCUGACCCCUUUUCCUUUUCCUCAGGCGACAAGUAGUUCAGUGAAUAGUCCAAAUUUUGUCUUUUCAAAGCCAGCUGAUAGUAAUACAACAUCUGCCCCUAUCCCUCCUUUGUCCAGCCAGAGUGUGGAGGAGGAGAAGAGGGGACCUAAAUCAGUAUUUGGAAGUUCGAAUACUGGUUUCACCACUUUCCCCAUGUCAUCUGGAUCUUUGGGGGAGCACUUCCCAGGCAACAAAACAGGUAUCCAUCAAGGAUGUGAGGAAGCCAUUUCUCUGGUGGAGCCGCUUCCUACCCCCAUGAAAGGACUAAAAAGGAAAGAGGACCAGGAUCGCUCCCCAAGGAGACAGUGCCAUGAGACAGCAGAAGAUUCCGACCCCCUGUCCCGGGGUGACCAUCCUCCAGAUAAACGACCCGUCCGCCUAAAUAGACCCCGGGGAGGCACUUUGUUUGGUCGGACGAUACAGGAUGUCUUCAAAAGCAAUAAAGAAGUAGGUCGCCUGGGCAGCAAGGAAUCUAAAAAGGAAACAGGCUUUGUGGAAUCUGGGGAAAGUGACCACAUGACCAUCCCAGGAGGAAAUCAGUCUGCCCUGGCACCUUCCCGGCUUCCUGCUGUGAGUAAAGAGGAGGAGGCAGAAGGUAGAGAUGAAAAAGAAGAUUCCUUCAGGGGAGCAUCUGCGCGCCCGAGCAAAAGGAGUGAGAGCACAGACAGUCUGGGAGGCUUGUCUUCCCUGGAGUCCACAGCCAUCCAGUGCAAGAACAUCCCCGACUCUCUCAACAACAGGACCACCCUGGAGAACUACUUUGGCAAAAUCGCCAAAGUACAGCGGAUCUUCACCCGGCGCAGCAAAAAGAUGGCAGUGGUGCAUUUUUUUGAUCACGCAUCUGCAGCCCUGGCUAGGAAGAAGGGGAAAAGUCUGCAUAAGGAUAUGUCUAUCUUUUGGCACAAGAAGAAAAUAAGUCCCAGCAAAAAACCGUUUUCUGUGAAGGAGAAGAAGCUUGGUGAUGGUGAAACCAGUCAAGGCAUAGAGGAUCCUCCCUUUCAGCAUUCCCCUCUUGGCAAGCCCAUAGUGAGGCCUGCAGCUGGCAGCCUGCUGAAUAAAAGCUCUCCAGUGAAGAAGCCAAGCCUUCUAAAGAUCCACCAGUUUGAGGUAGACCCUUUUGACUCUGGAUCUGAGGGCCCUGAGGGCCUUGGUUCAUGCGUGUCAUCUCUUAGCAUCCUGAUAGGAACUGUGGCUGAGACAUCUGAGGACAAGUACCGCCUUCUGGACCAGAGAGACCGAAUAAUGCGGCAAGGUAUAGUGCACAGAGACAAGUCCAGAGUCCCUGGUGAGGUCAAGGUUGGGAGGCAUUGUUUGUCUCUACCCCUUGCCCAGGUGGACCAUGCAGCAGCCGUGAAGGAGUACAGCCGGUCCUCUGCAGAUCAGGAGGAGCCCCUGCCACAUGAGCUGAGGCCCUCAGCAGUUCUCAGCAGGACCAUGGACUACCUGGUGACCCAGAUCAUGGACCAAAAGGAAGGCAGCCUUCGGGACUGGUACGACUUCGUGUGGAACCGCACACGGGGUAUACGGAAGGACAUCACACAGCAGCACCUCUGCGAUCCCCUGACGGUGUCUCUGAUUGAGAAAUGUACCCGAUUCCAUAUCCACUGUGCCCACUUCAUGUGCGAGGAGCCCAUGUCCUCCUUCGAUGCCAAGAUCAACAAUGAGAAUAUGACCAAGUGUCUACAGAGUCUGAAGGAGAUGUACCAGGACCUGAGGAACAAAGGUGUUUUCUGUACCAGCGAGGCAGAGUUCCAGGGCUACAAUGUCCUGCUCAAUCUCAACAAAGGAGACAUUUUGAGAGAAGUGCAGCAGUUCCACCCUGAUGUCAGGAACUCCCCCGAGGUCAACUUUGCUGUCCAGGCUUUUGCUGCAUUGAACAGUAAUAAUUUCGUGAGAUUCUUCAAACUGGUCCAGUCUGCUUCUUACCUGAAUGCGUGCCUGCUACACUGUUACUUUAACCAGAUCCGUAAGGACGCCCUCCGAGCACUCAAUGUUGCAUACACUGUGAGCACACAACGCUCUACCGUCUUCCCCCUGGAUGGUGUCGUACGCAUGCUGUUAUUCAGAGAUUGUGAAGAAGCAACAGACUUCCUCAAUUGCCAUGGCCUCACUGUGGCUGAUGGCUGUGUUGAGCUUAAUCGGUCUGCAUUCAUGGAACCAGAGGGAUUAUCCAAGGCCAGGAAGUCAGUGUUUAUUGCCCGGAAGCUGACUGUGUCUGUUGGAGAAGUCGUGAAUGGAGGGCCACUGCCCCCUGUACCUCGCCACACGCCUGUGUGCAGCUUUAACUCCCAGAAUAAGUACGUUGGGGAGAGCCUGGCAACAGAGCUGCCCAUCAGCGCUCAGAGAUCUGGUGCCGACGCAGCCGGUGGUGGGCGAGGAGAGGAGCAUGAGGCAGAGGUGGAUGUGCCCCCACUGGCUCUCCUCCCACAGCCACCUCCUGCACCCUCAUCCACACCAGUGAUUCAUGUGGCACCACUGGCCCCAGCUGUGGCACCUGGUCUUUUCCAGUCCUCCAUACAGCCCGAGCUGCUGCCUCCAAAGCCUGCUCCUCUGUACUCUGACUCGGACCUGGUGCAGGUGGUGGACGAGCUUAUCCAGGAGACUCUUCAAGUGGACUGUGAAGAAGUCAGUACGGCUGGGGCAGCCUAUGUAGCCGCAGCUCUGGGUGUUUCUAAUGCUGCCGUGGAGGAUCUGAUAACAGCUGAAACCACGGGCAUCUUGAGGCAUGUUGCUGCUGAAGAAGUAUCCAUGGAAAGGCAGAGAAGAGAGGAAGAAAAGCGGCAGGCUGAAGAGGAAAGGUUGAAGCAAGAGAGAGAACUGGUGUUGACUCAGCUGAGCGAGGGCCUGGCUGCAGAGCUGACAGAACUCAUGGUGACGGAGUGUGUGCGGGAAACCUGCUCCCAGGAAUUAAAGAGUGCAGUCGAGACAGACCAGAAGGACCGUAUGGCCCGCUGUUGUGAAGCCGUCUGUGCACACCUGCUGGAUUUGUUUCUUGCUGAGGAAAUUUUCCAGACUGCAAAAGAGACACUCCAGGAACUUCAGUGCUUCUGCAAGUAUCUACAACGGUGGAGGGAAGCUGUUGCAGCCCGGAAGAAACUCCGGCGUCAGAUGCGGGCCUUCCCUGCUGCACCGUGCUGUGUGGACAUGAAUGACCGACUGCAGGCACUAGUGCCCAGUGCAGAGUGCCCCAUUGCUGAGGAGAACCUGGCCAGGGGCCUCUUGGACCUGGGCCAUGCGGGGAAAGUAGGCAUCUCUUGUACCAGGUUGAGGCGUCUUAGAAACAAGACAGCUCAUCAGAUGAAGGUUCAGCACUUCCACCAGCAGCUGCUCAGUAAUGCUGCAUGGGCACCCCUGGACCUGCCGUCCUUCGUGGCUGAGCACCUCCCUGUGAAGCGUGAGCACAUGUUUUGGAAACUGGUGCUGGUGUUGCCUGAUGGAGAAGAGCAGACUCCAGAGAGUCCUGGCAGAAUACUAGAAAAUUGGCUAAAGGUCAAGUUCACAGGAGAUGACAGCCUGGUGGAUGACAUCCGUGAUGGUAGCGGUGAUAUCCAGACACUCACAGUCUUUAAUGCGCUCAGUAGUAAAGGGGAUCAAACAGUUUCUGUCAACGUGUGCAUAAAGGUCGCCCACGGCACCCUUAGUGACAGUGCCCUUGAUGCUGUGGAGACACGGAAGGACCUGUUGGGAGCCAGUGGGCUCAUGCUACUGCUUCCUCCCAAAGUGAAGACUGAGGACGUGGCAGAGGAGGACCUGUACUGGCUGUCGGCCCUGCUGCAGCUCAAGCAGUUGCUUCAGGCCAAGCCCUUCCAGCCUGCGCUUCCGCUGGUGGUUCUCGUGCCCAGCUCCAAAGGAGACUCCAUGGAGAAGGAAGUGGAGGAUGGUCUGAUGUUACAGGAUUUGGUUUCAGCUAAGCUGAUUUCAGAUUACAUUGUUGUUGAGAUCCCUGAUUCUGUUAAUGAUUUACAAGGCACAGUGAAGGUUUCUGGAGCAGUCCAGUGGCUGGUCUCCCGAUGCCCUCAAGACCUGGACCUUUGCUGCCAGACCCUUAUUCAGUAUGUUGAAGAUGGGAUCAGCCGUGAGUUCAGUGGUCGUUUUUUCCACGACAGAAGAGAGAGGCGCCUGGGUGGCCUGGCCUCCCAAGAGCCCAGCACCAUUAUUGAGUUGUUCAAUAGUGUGCUCCAGUUCCUGGCCUCUGUGGUGUCCUCUGAACAGCUGUGUGACAUCUCCUGGCCUGUCACGGAGUUUGCUGAGGUGGGAGGCAGCCAGCUUCUUCCUCAUCUGCACUGGAACUCAGCAGAGCAUCUAGCUUGGCUGAAGCAAGCUGUGCUUGGCUUCCAGCUUCCACAGAUGGAUCUCCCACCUACAGGAGCGCCCUGGCUCCCUGUGUGUUCCAUGAUCGUUCAGUAUACCUCCCAGAUUCCCAGCUCAUGCCAGACCCAGCCUGUCCUCCAGUCCCAGGUGGAGAACCUGCUGUGCCGGACUUACCAGAAGUGGAAGAGCAAGAGCCUCUCUCUAGGCCAGGAGUCGGGGCCUUCAGUUGCUGAGAUCCCAUGGGAUGACAUCAUCACCUUGUGCAUCAAUCACAAGCUGAGUGACUGGACACCCCCCAGACUUCCCAUCACAGCAGAGGCACUGAGUGAAGAUGGCCAGAUAUGUGUAUAUUUUUUCAAAAAUCUCUUAAGAAAAUAUGAUGUUCCCUUUUCAUGGGAACAAGCCAGAAUGCAGACCCAGAGGGAGCUACAGCUGAGUCAAAGACGUUCGGGGACAAAGGCUUUUCAUCCUUCUGCAAGCAGUUUUCCUACUCCACUGCUUCAUGUGCACCAUAAAGGGAAGAAAAAUGAGGAGAGUGGCCGAGAGGGGAACUUCAGUACAGACAAUCUGAUGCGCGGCGCUUCAGCGGAAGAGCUCCUGGCACAGUGUCUGUCCAGCAGUCUGCUGGAGGAGAAGGAAGAGAACAAAAGGUUUGAGGAGCAACUCCAGCAGUGGGUAUCUCAAGACUCACAGGCAUUUGCAGAGUCAACUUGCCUUCCUCUCUACCUUCCUCAGACACUCAUAUCUUUCCCUGACAUUAUCAAAACUCAGACUGUGCUGAAAACAUCUACAACAAGGAGACCUCAGAAUGAAGGGGCAGGAGAGCAAUUGCAGUUCUCAGAGAUAUCAGACAUGUCGCUAACUGGAAGGCUGAAGCACCUGGAAAGGCUGAUUCGAAGUUCAAAGGAAGAAGACGUUGCCUCUGAGCUCCACCUGUCUGCACUGCUGGACAUGGUGGACAUUUGAACAGUCUGACAUGCGAGGUGUUGUUUUCUUUGUAAUGGUUUUGUUUUCAACUAAAUUAUGCUAUGCUCAGAUGAUUGGUGUCCUGUCAGAAAUGAGAUUAUCAAUUAUGCAAAUAAACUACUUGAGUCAUCCGA